CCUGUGCAAGCGGCGACGUGACAAAUGUCUGGUCCCGAGUCGCCUCUGGGGUUCGCGGGCCCAUCAAGCCGAUGGUGGGAGACCUUGGGGAGUGUGAGGGAAGCGGUCAGUGUCCGGCGAAGAAGCUGGGCCUCCGUCCCCCCUGGUGGCGUACAAACGGCGACGUACAAGCAAUUAGCUACCAAAUCCCCAACAGGACUUAAGAGAGCCGUUUUGGGCUGGAUUUAUCCUCGCAAUUACGCACAAAUCAGCCCCAGCCAGCGGUGGCGGAGGCUCUGUCGGGGGGGCCGUGGCGGUCCCUCUCCGCUCGUCACAGGGAGGUGCCGGCGGGGCCCCCUCGCAAACAUCACCUUACAAAUGGGUCGCCGUCGCUGCCAUCAAUCCCACCCUGUGCUGCUUCUGCCCCACCGCCAUCACCCGCGCUGGAGACAGAUAUAUAAAGGCAGCGCCAAAGCAAAAAGGGAAGUGCUUUGAGACAGAGCAGGCCUGGCAACAUGGAAGCUGCCCGCCUUCUGCUCGCCCUGGCAUUGCUCUCCGGCAGCCUCAAGCCAAGCCGAAGCCUUGAGGAGGGGAUCGGCUCCCAAGAGGCAGAGGAGCCCGACGGCUACCCUGAGAGACUCUUCAGCUGGAUGCUGCAAGAAAAUGAGGACCAUCCUGUCCAGAUUCCCCCUGAGGAGCAUCCCCUGGGCGUCCUUCUCCGCUCCCUCCUUCAUGCUGUGCAGAGACCUGGUCGCAGCCCCUCCUUCCUGUUCCAGCCCCAAAGAUUUGGCCGUGAGGCUCGGGCCAGCUCCAGCAGCGGUGGCCUAAUCAAGCCACGGGCUUGGGACGCCGUGGCUCCUCAGUUUCUGAGCAUGGCUGUUCCGCAGCGCUUUGGCAAGAAGAAAUGAAGUCGAGGACAGCAACGCACAGAACUGCCACCACCCGGUCCUUGCACCGAGAACUAGUGCCACACUGGGUCGAAAAGCCUCCCCUUCCACUUGUCCUUCUGUGUCGUCCCUGGGUUACCCGGGUGACUGACCCUCCUGUUUAGGGGUUUGUGCUUUGCCACUUGCUAACAAUAAAAAUGGUUACAUCUUGGAA